ACAAUUUAGUUGGGAAAACAUAAACAUUUCUUUUUGACAUAUUUUCUUUAUUUAUCACAAAAUCCGUUAGCAGUUAUGCUUACUAAAAGAUCCACCGUGCUGCUGAAAGUAUUUGCAUGCUAAAAUGCAGAGCCAAGGCGGCCCCAGCAAGGUUGUUGCUACUCUCCGAGCGGAUGGAAAUUUCCAAAUGUAUCCAAUGGAUUCCACUGAUCAUACCAACUUACUUCACUAUGAAAUUCGAACAGAAGGAGAACUCCAACUAAAGAAGGGCAACGUGCCUGGUCCAUCAACUGUCGUGGACCUAGGCAAGCAAUUGCUUCAAUGCGCAAGGGACAGCGAUGUGACUGGCGUCAAAACGACGCUAGCACAUGGAGCUCCCUUUGCGUCAGACUGGCUGGGAAUGUCUGCGUUGCACUUUGCUGCCAUGAACAACCAACUGGAAAUCUGUGAAAUACUUCUACAGGGCGGCAUCAAUAUGGACGCCAAAACCAAGGUGGACAGAACGCCUCUGCAUUUAGCCUGCUACUACGGACACGAGCGAGUAGUCAGCUUAUUGCUGGCGCUCAAGUGCAGCGUUAAUUCUCGAGACAUGCUUCGAAUGACGCCUCUUCACUGGGCUGUGGAAAAGAAGCACAAAACCAUUGUGCGAUUGUUACUAAAAUGCCAGGCAGAUGUGUCGCUAGUUUCGAAAUUCGGCAAGACGCCAAUUGCAUUGGCCGUGUACACUGAACAGGCAGAUGUGUUGGCCGAACUGGAGGCUGCUCGGCAGGCCCAGGCCAGUCGAAAGUUUAACGAGGAAACGGAGCGGCAGACACAUAAAAGCAGAAAAGAAACCAGUGAGGCGGUCAAUUCAAUAAUGGACGAGACUGGGGCCCCAAAAAGGGUUGAUAAUACAGAAAUGUCAGUCGAAGAAAGAAUGGAUGUCUUGGAAAACCUCCGCGGGCAUCCCAAUGUAUUGGGAAACUCGGCGUUAAAUAUGCUGAAGACCCACGGCAUUGCAGACAUGAUGCAGGAGAACGAUGACGAGGCCUCCAAGGAAAUGUUGAAUACAGCCCUACAAAACGGUCGUCAGCUCGUUCUCUCCGAAGGGGGACGUAUGCUGUUGCACGAAACAAAGUCGAGCAUAAACGUCAAGCAAUAUGUGAAUGGAAGCGCAAGGAAAACCUCAAAUAUGGGUCUCCGUCUCACCCCUAACAGCUCGCCCCCUCAAAAGAUUCGCAUGAAUGUCAUCAAGCAAAAGGAGGCAGCGUCGUCCAGUCCAGCUGGGGUGUCCAAAAACAAGCAGAACAUACGUAUAAUCUCGUUGACUGAUUUUAAGAAACUUUGCGGGACAGACAAUCAACCAAAGUCCUUACAAAAAAUACCCGCAUCAUUGGCAAGCUCUGGAAUAGUACGUCAGCUCCCCGAUGGCACCAAACUGGUAAACAUGCGCCAGCUUCAGUCUCGUCAGCUUAAACUUCCAUCCGUUCAGCGACCCCCAGAACCCAGCAUAUUGGAUGAGCAACAGCAGUUGCUGAACGAAGUCAUUGCUCCAUCGUCCCAGCCCGCUACGGCGAGCUCGCUGAGAGGACAAGUGGGCACCGUGCAGACAAUACAGCUGCUACCAUCCCCAGCAGCUGGAGCUGCCCUCGGAACGACAAGCAACGGAGUUGCCAUCAAGGCUGUGGGCAACGUAGCAAAGCUGGGCUCAAAGGUCCCUAAUGCAAUGCCGCUGAUGACAUCUUCCGAAAUUUGUCGGCAACUACAUGAGCUUCGACGUCAGAACGAAGAAUUGCGCCGGCGGGUGGAUUCCUUUCACCGAGAAAAGGAACAAAUGCUGAAGCGUAUUGACCGCUUGGAACAGCUUGUAUUCAUUCGAGCAUCGGAAACAGAAAUCGAUUAUGCAGGGGACUUGUAGUUAUGACCUAGAUUAAACUUUUUUGUAAAUAGCAGAUAGCAUACCAGCGGAGGGAACUUUGAUUUUAAUGUGCAACUAUAUUGACUGCUUUCGCACAUAUCGUCAUGCACAUUUCUAAUAGAAGAGAUCAAAAGUUAAGCUACGCUUUAAGAAUAGUUUAUCAAGUUAAUCAGCUAAGUUUAAGUUCAUUUUGCUAAAAACGCAAAUUGUUUGAGCGGUUUCAAACAUUUUUUAUAACUGAUUUUUAUUAAUAUGAAGCAUUUUUCUUUUAAUGCUGGCCCUGGCUGGGGCAUGAGGCAUGGUCAUUCAGACCUUUAAGAUCGGAAAGAACUGCUUUUAAUUUAUUAGAAAUAUUAAAAAUAAUUAAAUUUUGGAGCGUCA